GAAGUUAGCGAGAACGUCAACUGUCGGCCGUCCGUUCCGUCGGUAAGAACGUGUGUAUUUUAACAUUUGACAGAUGUCGUUUGCAGUCUAUCGCGAGCAUUGUAUUCCACACAUGAUUUGUCAAGCAAAGCAAGAAAGGUGUAUGUGAAUGGGUCAUUACUCCAUCGAUAGAUUUCCCAAUUUGGAAUGUAUAGUUCGGCGAUUGGAUUAAAUUUUCGAAAGCUUUGUAAAAUGGCUGGUGCUAAAUUAGAAGCAGUUCCAAGUGUAGAUAUUGAGGAAGGAGUCUUUAAAUAUGUAUUAAUAAAAGUGUACGGAAAUGAUGAUUCUCUAAAUAAAAAUAUUGUAAGGGGAUAUGCGGACUGUCAGUGGCAUUCCGAUAUAUACGACCGAGCUAGCGAAUCCUGCAAAGGAUUAGGAUUAGAAACAGAAUGUCUUGGCGGUGGUCGCAUUGAACACAAUCCGAAUUUGAAAUUAAUAAAGGUGUAUGGCUACUCCCAGGUUGGGUUUGGAAAGGCGGACCACGCGGAAACUAGGAGAUUAUUGCUGGAUAAAUUUCCACUAUAUAGCGUUGAAAUAUCCGACGACGGUUAUUAAUUCAGUUUAGAUUUCAUACAGAUAUAUUGAGAUUUGAAAAUAAAUGUUAUAUUAUUUAGAAAAAAAUUUAUUAUGGAUAUAUAUUUGAACAUAUCCGUAAUUGGUUAUUACYCUUAUUACUCCUCCGAACUUCCGUCAGUUUAAUUGAAGUUAAAGCAAUUCAAUAUUAAAUAGUGCAAUAGUAACUCCAUUUCCAUAUAUAAUUUUUUUUGUAAUCCAGUUAUUCAUACAAUAAGGAAAUAGUGCAAGCAAAGCAAAAAAUAAAUGUUAAUUUAAACGAAUAAAAAUAAAUUAAAAAGAAAGAUUAUACCGUCAAUAAAAUAUUCAUUAUCGUUUGAACAGCAACGCAAAAUCUUUCAGAUAAAUCUCGGUGUUGGGUUUGCGCGCCCGAAGGCAACUUAUACAAAAGGGAGUUCUAUGCGAAUGAAUAAUCAUCGGUGAUGCGGCUAAUUGAAUGGUGCGUCUUUGCAGCUGUGACGCGCCACAGCUUACUUUGUGUCUGCACCUCGGCAUCUAGAAAAUUAAAAUAUAAAAAUUAGCUUACGUUUUAUUUUGUWAAUGUAAAACUGCAUUAGUUACUUUAUCGUGUAUAGCCUUUUCAAUGGCAGUGAGACGGUCAUCAACACCACUUCUGAGUUUUGCUACCAGGGUCUCAAUGGCUUCUGAAUAAUAUCUGAAAUACAUAAAUGUAUUUUCUUUAAGUAAAUAAUAAUAUAUUUAUAUAUUAAUACGUUAUAGCUGCCACCAGACAGUAUCACAAUUUUUGAAAUUUUUUCUGAGGAGCGCAAAGGAGAUUAUAACAUUUUUUUAAGGGGUU